UAGCCUUUAUUGCUCUGGGAUCUCCCUUGCUGUGUGCAAUGUUUUCAUACAAAUGUCAGAAUAUCUCAGAUGUCUUAGGACUAUGUUUUCAGUAGCUUUCAGAGGUAAAAUGAACCUGUACAGUUGCUCAUUGGUUCCACAAUUGAAUCUCCCUGACCACAGCUUGGCAAAACACUGCACUGAAAGGGGCUGUUUUCUCUCUGCAGGGGGAAGAGAGGGAGGAGGGAAUUCCUGUCUCCAGGCUCCUUCAGCUAUGCUGUAACUGGGGCAACGAAGCUGAGGACUGAAAGGCAGAGUGUCGGAGAAGUUCACCAAGCUGCAACAGGCAGGGGGACUGGUAACAAGGGCGCCUGCAGUGCAUGUAACGACAAGUGUGCUUGUAUUGAGAGGGAGGACCAAAAACUUCUAAGCAAACAAAAAACCCAAAGCAGAAUGAAGCCAACACAGAGCCCGGGGCUCCUGAGGUCACAGAACAAUUCUGUGUAUAACGUGAGUCAUGCAAAACGGUUACCGGAGUUACCGCCCCUACCUGCUUCUGCUUCAGCUGCACCUUCAGAAUUGUAUCAGCUUGUUGUUAAGAGGAGCUGUUAUCCUCCUUUGAUGCAACGAGCGUCAUGGACUUUGGCAGCUCCAUUCAAAGAACAGAGUUACUACCGAAGCCCGAGUGACUCCAUAGCUAAUAACUAUACUCUUACUGCACGGGAUUUAAAAUUGAAAAAUGUGCACAAAUUAAAGUCCUCUUCAAUGACAGGGACGUCACUGGGUUCAGCAGAGCAGAGAACAGCCUCACCGUCUUCGAAAGAAUUUGAUCCUUCUAGGAAAAAGCUCAAACUUACACAAAGAAGUCAAUGGAAUUCUGAUAGAAGUACACCAACUUUGUUAAACAGUUUGGAUCCCAUUUCACUCUGUGCAUCUGCUCAUACGCCAGAAUUACACGUCAUACAUUAUACAGACAACCAACCAUUGACCCCAGAAGAACAAUUUGUUGUUAUGCACUUACAUGAGAAGGAGAUAAGUAAGCGAGAAAAGCCACCUUCAGGAAAUGAUUUAGAGAGGUACUGUUACUACAUAUAUAAUGGAGUGCAGGAAGACAUGCUGGCACCUCAGGAUAAGGAAGUGAUGAAUGUAAUUUUAAAGCAUAUUCCAACUCACAUUAUUGCUAACCCAAACCUGGAGAAUUUACUUGCAAGUUUAAAAGAAGAGGUUAAGGCAGACUAUCGUAUCAGCCUCAUGAAAGCCAUUGUUGAUUACAUCUUGAUGGAUCCAGCUGAAAGAGAGAGACUGUUUAUUGCAAGUACCCCACGCCCUUUUCCCCAGAGAGUUGUCCGUGCACCAGUCCCAUGGCACAGCUGUUAUGAAGAAGUGAAAAGCUGGAAUGAAAGGAAUCUGUUCGUAGUGAAUCCACUGAUGCCCACUUUGCAACAGCUCUGGCUUUCUCAGUAUAGUCAUCUAAGAUUUGUUCGCACUGAAGAAAUGCUGUGUAGAGACCUGCCACUGUUGCCUGCAGAAUUUGAGGAGGUCGUUCGAAGACACUGUAUGGAAGCUCACAAUAUUCUUCAGAACAAGUGGAUUCCAACUUGUGCAUCUAUUUUCCUUGAUCAGAAAAGGAAAUGGCUUCAUUUUGCUCCUGAAAAUGACUGCGAUUCCUCUGAGCGAGUUGAAAGCUAUUUCCGUUCGGUGGCAGCUUUAAUGUCGUUACAAUUACGUGAGAUGGUGGUUAACUCCUUAGAGGAUCUUCUUGCGUUUUUUAUGAUCCACAAGGAUGGAAGUGAUUUUAGAGGACUGUAUCAAGAAAUGCAGUUCUUUGUACCUCCGAUACUAACAGUCAGUCUCAGUGUGGAAGAACCCAAGAUUGUCUUUGAACCACCUCUGAAAGAAUGUUGGGAUCUAAUCAGUCAUUGCUUCAGGGAGAUCCUGCACAGUGCUGAGGAGCUUCCAAAGGUAGAAAGAUUUCUAUUUCCAGAAUUAAAAAGAGAUGAUCUCACUCUUGGUACAGUCAAACCAGAUGAAUCAUUGUUUUCAGAGUAUGUGAACAAACUUGAAAAGAUCUUUGAGAGCAACAUACUUGGCCCAGAAAAGUAUUUAAACAUGUAUAGGAAAUACAGCAAUCUUUUGAACAAUAAUGCACAGCAAGAUGUCACAGAUUUCUUGAAAGGAGGACAUUCUUUAGAAGCUUUAACAGAGAAGAUUGACAGCUUAACAAAACUGAAAAGAGAGAUUGCUUCCAUGCAUGUCACUGUCCCUCUGGCGUUGUUCUGUCUGGAUGCUGUACAACUGAAUGAGGAACUCUGCAAUCGGACCCAAAGUCUUAAAGAUAGAUUGAUUGAAUUUGCAGUGAUGGAAAACAGAGAGUUAAAUAAAAGAAUUUGUAAUGAAUAUAACUUAAUUGCGAAGAGAAUGAGCGAGGUGCCUCUGAACACUGAAGAGCUAGUGGAAUUUGAUGCAUACUUAAAGAAAUCCAAUGAAGUUACUGUUUUUAAACUGAGACAGGAGGUUGCUGAAGCAGCACACAGACUGGAAUUCCUCAUGGACUAUGCUAAUCUUUCUUAUGAUGACAUAAACCUGAAUAGCACAGUUCUCCAUUGGCCUGAUCAGAUUGAGAUAAUCUUUGAAAACAGUAGAGAUCAGUUGUGUAAGAAGAGGAAUCAUGCAGAGAUGGUUUUGCUUGAAAGGUGUUCUCAGUUUGUGGAAACUCUUGAAGGUUAUAAUAGAGAAGUAGAAAGCUACAAAAAGCGGGAUGUCAUGACCAUAGAAGAAAUGAAGAACAACGCUGAGAAAUUUAAAGAGUUAAAUAAGAAUCUAGAUAAUGCACUAACAGAAUCUGAGGCUAUUCAUAAAGAAGAAGAGUUACUUGGGUUGGAGAAGAGUCUAUUUCCUCAACUGCAAGCUAUAAUUGCAAACAAACAACGUUUUGAGCAACUUUGGAUUACAGCAUAUAAUUUCCAUACCAAAUCUGAGGAAUGGAUGAAUGGAUCUCUCCAGAAGUUGAAUGCUGAUGAAAUUAAUGAAGAAAUUGGAACUAUGUGGAGGACUAUGUACAACCUCAGUAAGAGUUUUCCAGAUCUGGCUGGGCCUAGACGCUUAGCAGAAACUAUGAAGUUUAAGCUUGAUAAAUUUAAACAGCAUCUUCCUGUCCUGUCAAUUGCCUGCAAUCGUGGAGUGAAGGAGAGACAUUGGAAGCAGAUUAGUGAAAUUGUAGGAUGUGAGAUCAGACCUAAUGAAACUACUACUCUAAAAAACAUGUUGGAAUUUGGACUCUCAAAAUACAUUGAUCAGCUGGAACCUAUUGGAGCAGCUGCGAGUAAGGAGUAUUCCUUAGAGAAAUCGAUAGAGAAAAUGAAAUUUGAGUGGGACAAUAUGCAGUUCAGUCUGGUGAAGUACAGGGAUACUAACACCAGCAUCCUGUCAGCAAUUGAUGACAUUCAGCUUUUGCUGGAUGAUCACAUUGUUAAGACUCAGACAAUGUGUGGCUCUCCCUUCAUCAAACCAAUAGAAGCUGAAUGCCAGGCUUGGGAAGAUAAGCUGUGUUUAAUGCAGGAUAUUCUAGAUAGCUGGUUAAAAUGUCAGGCAACAUGGUUGUAUUUGGAACCAAUUUUUAGUUCAGAAGACAUUAUAGCUCAAAUGCCUGAAGAGGGCAGAAAGUUCGGGGUUGUGGAUUCAUACUGGAAGGAUAUUAUGGCACAAGUGGUGAAAGACACAAAGGUACUUGCAGCAACUGAACAACCCAUGCUGUUAGACAGACUUGAGGAAGCAAAUACUCUCUUAGAAGACAUUCAAAAAGGAUUGAAUACUUACUUGGAGAAGAAAAGAUUAUUUUUCCCAAGAUUCUUUUUCCUGUCUAAUGAUGAGCUGCUUGAAAUACUGUCUGAAACAAAGGAUCCCCUUCGAGUACAACCGCAUUUAAAGAAGUGUUUUGAAGGAAUUGCUAAACUGGAGUUCACAGAAGAUAUGGAGAUCGUAGGCAUGAUCAGUUCAGAGAAAGAAAGUGUUCCUUUCAUAGAUAAAAUCUAUCCAGUGAAUGCAAAAGGAAUGGUAGAAAAAUGGCUUUUGCAAGUAGAGGAAAUGAUGCUGGCCAGUGUAAGACAAAUUAUUCAAGAUGGCAUAAAAGGAUAUGUCAAGGUUCCUCGAAAAACAUGGGUACUUCAGUGGCCUGGACAGGUGGUUAUUUGUGUUUCAUCCAUUUACUGGACAGAAGAAGUGUCUGAGGCUAUAAGGAAAGGAACUUUACUGGAUUUCUUGGAGCAGAGCAAUCUACAAAUUGGGGACAUUGUUGAGUUGGUGAGAGGAAAGCUGUCCAGUGGAGCCCGGCUGACACUUGGAGCUCUUACUGUCAUUGACGUGCAUGCUCGUGAUGUGGUUGCAAAAUUAGUUGAAGACAAAAUCACAGAUCUGAAUGACUUCCAGUGGAUUUCUCAGCUGAGAUACUACUGGGAAGAGAAGGAUGUAAUAGUGCGAAUGAUUACAACAGAAGCUAAAUAUGGUUAUGAAUAUUUGGGCAAUUCUCUACGUCUGGUGAUAACCCCACUAACAGAUCGAUGUUAUAGGACAUUAAUGGGUGCCUUGAAAUUAAAUCUUGGUGGUGCUCCAGAAGGACCUGCUGGGACUGGCAAAACAGAAACAACAAAAGAUCUAGCAAAAGCAGUAGCUAAGCAGUGUGUGGUCUUUAAUUGCUCUGAUGGUCUCGACUACAAGGCAAUGGGGAAGUUCUUUAAGGGACUGGCGCAGUCUGGUGCAUGGUCCUGCUUUGAUGAGUUCAAUAGAAUUGAGGCUGAAGUAUUAUCUGUAGUUGCCCAACAAAUACUUAGCAUCCAGCAAGCUAUUACUCGCAAACUCAGAACAUUCAUCUUUGAAGGGACAGAGAUCUCUCUUAAUCCUACAUGUGCUGUGUUUAUCACGAUGAAUCCUGGGUAUGCUGGACGAGCAGAGCUGCCUGAUAAUCUGAAGGCACUGUUCCGAACAGUUGCCAUGAUGGUUCCAGAUUAUGCUUUGAUUGGAGAAAUUUCACUUUAUUCAAUGGGAUUUUUGGACUCUCGGAGUCUUGCCCAGAAAAUUGUUGCCACUUACCGUUUGUGCUCUGAGCAGUUGUCAUCUCAGCAUCACUAUGAUUAUGGAAUGCGUGCUGUUAAAUCUGUCCUGACAGCUGCAGGAAACUUAAAACUGAAGUACCCAACUGAAAAUGAAAGUGUAUUGUUACUUCGGGCUUUGCUGGAUGUUAACUUGGCCAAAUUCUUGGCACAGGAUGUGCCAUUGUUUCAGGGCAUCAUAUCUGACCUGUUUCCUGGAGUGGUUCUUCCUACACCAGAUUACGACCUGUUUGUCAAGGCACUAACUGAAAAUAUAAAAAAAAUGAAUCUUCAACCAGUUCCAUGGUUCAUUGGAAAAAUUAUUCAGAUAUAUGAAAUGAUGCUGGUGCGCCAUGGUUUCAUGAUUGUUGGAGAUCCUUUGAGUGGAAAGACCUGUGCGUACAAAGUGCUGGCUGGAGCCCUUGGCGAUUUGUGUGCAGCAAAAUCCAUGGAUGAAUAUGCUGUUGAAUACAAAGUUAUUAAUCCCAAAGCAAUUACUAUGGGACAGUUGUAUGGCGGUUUUGAUCCUGUAAGCCAUGAGUGGACAGAUGGAGUUCUUGCAAAUGCCUUCAGGGAACAAGCAUCUUCUACCACAGAUGAUCGGAAGUGGAUUGUUUUUGAUGGCCCAGUAGAUGCAGUUUGGAUAGAAAACUUGAACACUGUGCUGGAUGAUAAUAAAAAGCUAUGCUUAAUGAGUGGUGAAAUAAUUCAGAUGAAUUCAAAAAUGAGUUUAAUCUUUGAGCCGGCAGACUUGGAGGAGGCAUCUCCAGCAACUGUCAGCAGGUGUGGUAUGGUCUAUAUGGACCCACAACAGUUAGGUUGGAAGCCACUGAAGGAUUCCUACAUGAAGACAUUGCCUUCAAACCUGCAGGAAGAACACCGAGAGCUGGUCAAUGACAUGUUUAUGUGGCUAGUCCAGCCCUGUUUAGAGUUUAUUCACCUUCAUUGCAAAGCCAUUGUACAAACGUCCUCUAUUCACUUGAGUUACAGCUUGAUGAAACUCUAUACUUGUCUGCUUGAUGAAAUAAAGGAAUCCGAGGAAGAAGAGAAGGAAAGCAUGUCUAGUCAGCAUAUCACCUUGUGGCUGCAGGGGCUUUUCCUUUUUGCUUUGGUUUGGACAGUUGGUGGGAUCAUCGAUGCAGACAGCAGAAAGAAAUUUGAUUUGUUUUACCGCAACUUGCUAAUGGGAAUGAAUGAGGAAAACCCACGCCCUAGAAGUGUGAAGCUUACGAGAAACAAUAUCUUUCCAGAAAAAGGGAGUGUUUAUGACUUCUAUUUUUACAAGCAUGGCAGUGGGCAGUGGAAUCUGUGGACAGAGUACAUCACAAAAGAAGAGCAAGUUAUCUCCCCAGGGGCUAAGGUAUCUGAGCUGAUCAUUCCAACAAUGGAAACUGCCAGGCAGAUGUUUUUUCUUAAAACAUAUGUGGAGCAUAAUGUCCCUUUGCUUUUUGUGGGUCCCACUGGCACUGGAAAAUCAGCUAUAACCAACAAUUUUCUAUUGCAACUUCCAAAGGAAAAAUGCAUCCCAAACUUCAUAAAUUUCUCUGCAAGAACCUCUGCUAACCAAACUCAGGAUACUAUUAUGUCCAAGCUGGAGAGAAGAAGAAAAGGAUUAUUUGGACCUCCUUCGGGGAAAAAAGCUAUAAUAUUUGUGGAUGAUCUAAACAUGCCUGCAAAGGAAGUGUAUGGAGCCCAGCCACCUAUUGAGCUUCUCAGACAAUGGAUUGAUCACGGUCACUGGUACGACAAGAAAGAUGCAUCCAAGAUUAAUAUCAUAGAUGUACUGCUUGUUUCAGCUAUGGGUCCACCUGGGGGAGGCAGGAAUGAUAUUACAGGACGUUUCACACGGCACUUGAACAUUGUAUCUAUAUGUUCUUUUGAUGAUGACAUAUUAACCAAGAUUUUUACUGCAGUUGCUGAUUGGCAUUUCAGCAAAGGCUUUGAGCCUGUAUUUCUAAGGCUGGGUAAGAUGAUGGUCCAAGCGACAAUGUCAAUUUAUAAAAUGGCAGUUGAUAAUUUUCUCCCAACUCCUUCAAAAUCCCACUAUGUCUUUAAUCUACGGGAUUUUUCCAGGGUUAUUCAAGGAGUGCUCCUCUGUCCACACACUCAUUUGCAAGAUGGAGAUAAACUGAUCAGACUUUGGAUUCAUGAGGUUUACCGAGUUUUCUAUGAUCGCUUAGUUGAUGAGGAGGACAGGAAGGUAUUCUUUCAGAUGGUACAAGAGACAACAUCAAAUAGCUUCAAGCAGAGCUUUAAUAAGGUACUGAGUCAUCUCUCACCUACUGGAAGAAUCUCUGAUGAUAAUAUUCGCAGCUUGUUCUUUGGAGAUUAUUUGAAGCCAGACAGUAAUGUAAAAGUGUAUGAUGAAAUCACAGAUUUAAAGCAACUGACAACUGUCAUGGAAUACUACCUUGAGGAAUACAACAACAUCAGCAAAACACCAAUGUCCUUAGUCAUGUUCAAGUUUGCUAUUGAGCAUAUCUCAAGGAUAUGCAGAGUAUUGAAACAGGAUAAUGGACAUCUGUUGUUGGUGGGGGUCGGUGGGAGUGGUCGACAAAGUGCUACCAAGCUGGCCACCUACAUGAAUACCUUUGAACUCUUUCAAAUUGAAAUUACGAAGUCCUAUGGAAUCAAUGAAUGGAAAGAUGAUGUUAAACGAGCCAUGCUGAAAGCAGGUGUUGGUAACAAGAAUGUGUCCUUUUUGUUCUGUGAUAAUCAAAUAAAGGAUGAAGCAUUUUUAGAAGACAUCAAUAUGCUUUUAAAUACUGGUGAUGUGCCUAAUAUCUUUGCAGCAGAUGAGAAAGCUGAAAUUGUUGAGAAAAUGCAAGGUGCAGCAAGGAUGGAGAACAGGAAAAUUGAAGCCACUCCCCUUGCUAUGUACAAUUUCUUUAUUGAAAGGGUGAAGAAAAAUUUGCAUAUUGUCUUAGCCAUGAGCCCUAUUGGAGAUGCAUUUCGGAAUCGAUUACGGAUGUUCCCUUCACUGAUAAACUGCUGCACCAUUGAUUGGUUCCAAACCUGGCCGACAGAUGCAUUGGAAAUGGUUGCUAACAAGUUUUUAGAGGAAGUUGAACUUGAAGAUGACAUUAGAAAAGAGGUUGUGUCAAUGUGUAAAUAUUUCCACGAAAGUGUGAGAGAGCUCUCCAUCAACUAUUACACUACACUGCGAAGACACAACUAUGUCACACCAACUUCAUACCUAGAAUUGAUUCUUACCUUUAAGACUCUGCUGAAUAGCAAAAGGCAAGAAGUUGACAUGAUAAGGACUCGUUAUCUUACGGGACUUCAAAAACUUGACUUUGCGUCUUCACAAGUUGCAGAGAUGCAGAAAGAACUGACUGCCCUUCAGCCUGAACUGAUUCGAACUUCUGCAGAAACAGACAAAAUGAUGAUCCAGAUUGAAAAGGAAACAACUCAAGUAGAUGCAAAGAAGGAACUGGUGUCAGCAGAUGAAAAAGAGGCUAAUGAAGCAGCAGCUGUUGCUAAAGCUAUUAAGGACGAAUGUGAAGGAGACCUUGCUGAGGCCAUGCCCGCUUUGGAGGCAGCGCUUGCAGCUCUUGAUACCCUGAAUCCUUCAGAUAUCUCUCUUGUGAAAUCCAUGCAGAAUCCACCUGGUCCUGUUAAGCUUGUCAUGGAGAGCAUCUGUGUCAUGAAGGGAACUAAACCAGAGAAAAAGCCUGAUCCAAGCGGCAGUGGUAAAAUGCUAGAAGACUACUGGGGGCCAUCUAGAAAAAUUCUUGGAGAUCUGAAAUUCCUUGAGAGCUUAAAGACGUAUGACAAGGAUAAUAUUCCUCCCGCUAUAGUGAAGAGAAUUAGAGAGAGGUUUAUUGACCAUCCAGAUUUUCAGCCAGCUGUCAUUAAAAAUGUCUCAUCUGCCUGUGAAGGACUAUGCAAGUGGGUGCGAGCCAUGGAGGUGUAUGACCGUGUAGCAAAAGUGGUUGCCCCAAAGCGUGAACGUUUGAGAGCUGCAGAAGGAUUACUGGACAUUCACAUGCAGAAGCUAAAAACAAAACAAGCAGAACUUAAGGAAGUAGUUGAUCGCCUCCAAGCUCUGAAUGAUGAGUUUGACAACAUGAAUGACCGAAAGAGAGAGUUAGAAAACAAUAUUGAACUCUGUUCACAAAAGCUUGUGAGAGCUGAACAGCUAAUUAGUGGUCUUGGUGGAGAGAAAGACAGGUGGACAGAAGCUGCACGAUUAUUAGGAAUUCGGUAUGUAGACCUUAUAGGAGAUGUGUUGUUAUCAUCAGGAACUGUGGCUUAUUUGGGAGCCUUUACUGUUGAUUACCGCCUAAAAUGUCAAAAGCAGUGGCAGGUCGUGUGCCGUGAAAAGAACAUACCAUGCUCCAGUGAUUUUAGCUUAACUAAUACAUUAGGGGAUCCAGUCAAAAUCCGUGCGUGGCAGAUUGCUGGAUUGCCAGUUGAUUCUUUUUCCAUUGACAAUGGCAUAAUUGUUUCUAACUCAAGAAGAUGGGCUUUAAUGAUAGAUCCUCAGAGGCAAGCUAACAAGUGGGUAAAAAAUAUGGAGAAAACUAACAGGCUGUCAGUUAUCAAACUAUCUGACACACAUUAUGUGAGGACGUUAGAAAAUGCUAUUCAGCUUGGAACACCAGUCUUGCUAGAAAAUAUUGGUGAAGAACUAGAUGCUUUCAUAGAACCCAUUUUAUUAAAGCUAAUAUUCAAACAACAAGGAGUAGAAUACAUGAAAUUAGGGGAAAAUAUAAUUGAAUAUUCACGAGAUUUCAGGUUUUAUAUGACAACCCACUUAAGAAAUCCUCAUUAUCUUCCUGAAGUGGCUGUAAAAGUUUGUCUACUCAACUUCAUGAUUACACCUUUUGGUCUUCAGGACCAGCUUCUUGGAAUUGUAGCUGCAGAGGAAAAGCCUGAGCUAGAAGAAAAGAAAAAUAAACUGAUUAUAGAAAGCGCAGCCAACAAAAAACAAUUAAAAGAAAUAGAAGAUAAAAUCCUGGAGAUCCUUUCCAAUUCAGAAGGAGACAUCUUAGAAGAUGAAACAGCAAUUAAUGUUUUAUCUUCAUCCAAAGAGUUAUCUGAAGAAAUCUCCGAAAAGCAAAAGAUUUCCUCUGUUACUGAGAUGCAGAUAGAUUCUACUCGAAUGGGAUAUAAGCCAGUUGCUAUUCAUUCAGCUGUUGUCUUCUUCUGCAUUUCUGAUCUGGCAAACAUUGAACCUAUGUACCAGUAUUCAUUGAUUUGGUUCAUUAACUUGUAUGUUCAAUCUAUUGCUAAAAGCAAAAAAAGUGAAGAUCUAGAAGAGAGAAUUAAAAAUAUAACCGAGCAUUUCACUAUAAGCAUCUAUAAUAACAUCUGUCGUUCACUGUUUGAAAAGGAUAAGCUGUUAUUCUCCUUCCUUCUGACAGUAGGCAUUAUGAAGGGAAAAGACCAAAUAGAUGAUGAGGUUUGGCAUUUCCUGCUGACAGGAGGUGUUGCUCUUGAUAAUCCUCACCCCAAUCCAGCUCCAGAUUGGCUGUCUGACAAAUCAUGGGCUGAGCUCGUACGUGCAUCUAGUCUGAAAAACCUCCAGGGACUAAUGGAACACGUAAGAGAGAAUUUUUCAAAGUGGAAACUAAUAUAUGACUCUGUAAGACCCCAUGAAGAAGCCUUCCCAGAUGCAUGGAACACGUUGGUGGGGUUGGAUCGCAUGGUUAUUCUCAGAUGUUUGAGACCUGACAAAAUUAUUCCAGCAGUGCAGGCAUUCAUUGUGGAAAAUAUGGGAAGAACGUUUAUUGAACCACCUACUUUUGACCUUGGAAGAAGUUACAGUGAUUCAAAUUGUUGUGCCCCUUUGAUUUUUGUAUUAUCACCAGGUGCUGAUCCUAUGGCAGGUUUGCUAAAAUUUGCUGAUGACGUUGGCAUGGGAGGCACAAGCAUUCAAACUAUUUCGCUUGGACAGGGACAGGGCCCAAUAGCAGCAAAAAUGAUUUAUCAGGCUAUUACUGAUGGAACCUGGGUAGUGUUACAGAACUGCCAUCUUGCAACAAGCUGGAUGCCUGCCUUGGAAAAAAUCUGCGAGGAAGUUAUAGUGCCUGAGAAUACCAAUGAGGAGUUCAGAUUGUGGUUAACUAGUUAUCCAUCAGAAAAGUUUCCUGUUAGUAUCCUCCAGAAUGGCAUCAAAAUGACGAAUGAGCCUCCAAAAGGAAUUCGAGUGAACCUUCUUCGAUCAUACCUCAAUGACCCCAUCUCUGACCCUGUGUUCUUUAGCAGCUGCCAAAAGCCAGAAAUGUGGCAAAAACUGCUGUUUGGCCUUUGCUUUUUUCAUGCUGUUGUGCAGGAAAGGAGAAACUUUGGCUCACUGGGUUGGAAUGUUCCAUAUGAGUUCAAUGAAUCUGACCUCAGAAUCAGCAUGCAACAAAUCCAGAUGUUUCUGAAUGAAUAUGAAGAAAUCCCAUUUGAAGCUCUGACAUAUCUAACAGGGGAAUGUAACUACGGAGGUAAAGUAACAGAUGAUAAAGACAGGCGUCUUCUCCUGUCCCUACUUUCUGUAGUCUAUACCAAGGACAUAGAACAGGACAAGUAUAUGCUUGCAGCUGGAGAUGACUACUACAUACCACCGCAUGGUCCAUAUGAGUCUUACAUUGAAUACAUACAGAGUUUACCAAUUACAACACACCCUGAAGUGUUUGGACUUCAUGAAAAUGCAGACAUCACCAAGGAUAACCGGGAGACUAAUCAGCUUUUCCAUGGAGUGCUCCUGACUUUGCCUAGAGAAGCAGGGGGAGGUGGCAAGUCCCCUCAGGAUAUCGUUGAAGAUUUGGCACAGGACAUUUUAUCCAAAUUACCAGAUGGCUUUGAUGUUAAAGAGGUUAUGAAGGUAUACCCGGUACUUUACGAAGAGUCCAUGAAUACAGUUCUUAGACAAGAAAUAAUUCGAUUUAACAGGCUUACUAAAGUUGUUCGGAGCAGCCUCAUUACUCUAGUCAAAGCCAUUAAAGGCCAAGUGCUGAUGUCAUCUGAACUUGAAGAUGUUUUCAACAGCAUGCUAAUGGGAAAAGUACCAUCGAUGUGGGCUGCCAAAUCCUAUCCAUCACUGAAGCCACUGGGAAGUUAUGUGUCCGAUCUCCUCUGUCGUUUGGCCUUCUUCCAGGAUUGGGUCAUCAAUGGGCCACCUACAGUCUUUUGGCUCUCAGGAUUCUUCUUCACUCAGUCUUUUUUGACUGGUGUUUUACAAAACUAUGCCAGAAAACACGCCAUCCCAAUUGACCGUAUUGGAUUUGAAUUUGAGGUGAUGAAACAGGAGCACACAAUGGAGAAAAUUCCAGAAGACGGGGCUUAUGUGAGAGGCCUUUAUUUGGAAGGUGCACGAUGGGAUAGAGAAUCCUUGGUAAUUGGAGAAUCACUUCCAAAAGUCCUUUAUGAUUCUUUGCCCAUAAUUUGGCUGAAACCUGGAGAAAGUUCCACAUUUCUUCACAUGAACAUCUAUUCAUGCCCUGUAUACAAGACAAGUGCAAGAAGAGGUGUCUUAUCCACUACUGGCCACUCAACCAACUAUGUUUUCUCAAUUGAACUCCCUUCAGACAAGCCCCAGAAACACUGGAUAAAUCGAGGUGUGGCAGCCCUAUGCCAGUUAGACGACUGAGAGUACGCAAGUCAAAAAACCCUUGCAUUUUGUUAUUAAAAGAUACAUUUUACUCCCCAAUGGCUGCAGUCUUUUUUUAUAUCAUGAUUUCCUACUGACUUCAAAGGAGCUCCCAAAUCUUUUGGUUUUUAGCCCUUCCCAGCCACUGAGCAAGAAUGACUGAAAACAGAACACUAGAAACAGAAAUUUAAUUCAAAGGCCUGGGCAUCCCCUUGCAUAGAUCAGAAUGAACAGAACUCCCAUCAAACUCUGUGCCACCCACGUCAUUACAAAUCUUGUGAAAUCCUAUUAUUACCACCUAGUUGCUAUCAUAGAGUGUUUUUUUUUCCUUCGUUCCAUGAAAUUGGGCCCGAAGAGUUUUGCUGCUGAUUUUAAUGGGAAUCUAAUGCACAACUUAUGUAAUUAAGACUCUGUGGAUUUGCCUACUACUUCUGUGUCCCAGGAGUAUGUAGGGCAAGGAGCAAGGAUAAGAGAAUAGUCUGUUGUCAACACGUAAACCCAAUCCUCAGCUAGAAUGAACUGCCAGAGCUGUAUUAUAAAACUAUAGGAACUGACACUCCUUGAAAGAUGUGCCUUGGAAUUUUCAUGGAAAACUUCUAGACAGCACAUGCAUAGGGAUCCUACCAUUUCUCAGAGCGGUAUGCUUGUCUCAUAUUUUCUUAACUUUUUUAAUUUCAGUAUUACUUACCUACAUAUCCCAGGUGCCUAAUAAAUGGAGCUCUUUCCUUUCUCUCAUAGCUUUUUUUACUUCCUCGUCUUGCCCUCUUGCAUGUUGGAUUAAUAACCAUCUAAAAUUUUCAGUUGUUUAAGCCUUUUCAUCAGAGAAGCUCAAAGCAUCUUGCAAACAUUAAUUAAAAAUAAAGUAGCCUGAACAUCUUCAAAGAGCUGUGCAGUCAUUAACUAAUCCCCACAGCAUGCCAAGAAGGUACUAAAGAUGCAUCAUUAGACUUGUUGUGUACACAUUACAAGAGAAGCACAAAGAUCAAGGCGAACAUUUAAAAAAACCCCACUGCAUAAACAUCCACUAAUUUGGAAUCUUGUAUUUUUUUUUCAUUACCCAAAUUGCAGCAUUUUAAUGACUUGCUCGAGGCCGCACAAAGUCAAGAUAUGCAGCUAUAAUUCAGCAAUUCCUAGUAUCCUGCUACAAUCAUUAAGUGAUGCCGCUACUACUCGUUAAAGCAUAUGGUUCUUGUCAUAGGAUUUAUCUGUUGUGCUUAGCUUUUCUGGUUGAAAACAGUAUUCAUUAUUUGUUUAUUAACCACUGGUUUGUUUUAUACAGAUACUCAUAAAAUAGUAACUUUUAAGAAUGGUAAAAAACAGAUAAGAAGUGUUACAGGUAUGUUGUAUAGUGCUACUCUGCACAAAGAUAUACAUAGGUAAUUAGUACAGUAUCUUCAUGUACCAUGUGUACCAUAUUUGAUGCCUCAUUAACAGUACGGUAUGCAGGCAUUUGGUGCAUCUUUAUUGUUACAUGGUGACUACAGCAAAGGUGUCAUGUCAGGACACUUAAUGGAUAUUUGUUUAUUUGAUAAAGGGGAUAGAGAUGUGCAGGUGUCUCAGCUUACUGAUAGGAAGAAACUACUCUUAACAAUUUAGACUAAAUGAUAUUUGGCACCUAUAACAAAAAUAAAACUUGUUUAUGCAUGUUAGAGCCCAGUCACCCAAACUGACAAUGAUUUUUGAGAAGAGAAUCAAGUUUCAGAAGAUCUAUAAAUAAAUUAAGAUUAAUAGUCCUUUAAAAAACCUGUCUUUUCUUAGCCUCGUAAGAGUAACAUAGAUACUUUGUACUUGUCAUGUAAUUAAAAUUAACUGAAAUUUACUACAUAUUUUACAUUGUGGUAAUUACCGUGUUUUUAAAUGGUGGCAUCUGAUUUUUGUUGUUAUUACAUCAGCAGUUCAGAUCAGUAUUUAGGUCACUGUGGCAUCAGAGAGCACAAUCCAGUCAUGACCCUCCUUUUGCAGAUGCUUUGCAUGCAGGCCAAAGGGGCUGGACCUGCCCAUUAGAUCCUGCCCUGUGGAUUGAUCAGAUCAGUCACUGCUCUCAAAAGGAUCUUUCUAUUUAGAUUUGAGCGUAUGCAUGCAAGUGACUGGUGACAACAGAGUAAUCGUUCUUAAAAUACUGAAAUGAAGAGAAGUUAAACUUUGAGGACUGUUUCUUCAUCCUUCAGAUAAUGCUAGUCUUGCAAACACAGCCCUCCAAAUUAAACCAUUUUAAAUGAAAAGACAGAUUCACUAGUAUAUGCUAGCUAAAUUACAUUUUAUGAAGAUAAGGAACUUUUAAACUGUUUGAAAAUACGAUGGGAUAGCUUGCCAUGUGGGUUUCUCUUUAACGCCUUUUUGUGAACGAGCACUAAUGGAUAGGUUGUUAAAUGACACAGUUGUGGUUCUUGUGAAUGUACAGCAGCUUUGGUACUAUGUUGUGUACAAUAUCCUUGUUACUGUGUUGAUUUUCUAAAUGCUUCUUCUGUGUUAAUGUUUAGAUCUGCAAUGAAGGCAUCUCUUAGAAUGUAAUUAAAGAUGUAUUUCAAGCUUUUGCAGAUGUGACCAAAAUAGAUAGGUAAGAGAGAAGCCUGUAAAAGAGAAAAGAGGCUUCAUGCAUCUGUUGCUUGCCCCUUCAGCAGGGAUCAGGCAUGGCUGAGUUGCUUUAGUCCAUGAUUACUGAAGCACGUGAUUUCCUGGGCUGCCCUUACUAUUGGAGAAAAAGUACUGGAACUUACUGUUGAGGGAUAUAUAUCUUAGAGAUAUUUUUCUGUGGUUCUUUGAAAUGAGUUUUCCAACCUUAUUUCCUGAGCAUUGUCUGGACCUUCCUGAGGAAUGAUAAGCUGGUUAAACAUUACAAUUCACAAUGUUUCUUGGCUGAGAUGCAUUUUUUUUUUAAAAAAAAAAGAUAAUUCAGCUGUUAGAUGGACAUAAUAAAAAUAUGAAACAUUUUUGGACAAAUGAAGUACCUUGUAAUAGUAGUAGUAGAAUUCUUGGCUUUACGGGUUUAGUAUUUCUGUUUCUUAAUUAGAAGCUCUCAUUAAACAAAUCACAGAAAAUACCUGUAAUUACUGGAAAUCAUAGAUACACAGCCUUGCUAAUAACUGAGAGCAUAUGGCAAAAAAUGCAGUAUAUAGACAUUACGGAGCAAGAGAGAUGUUUUCCUUAGGAACAGCAGAGAGAUGUUUUCAGCUAGGGAUGCUGUGAGACAGAUAGGGUUAGUACAUUUUCUUAGGAGAUGGAAACCUUUCUCUUACCUCACCCGUACAAAAAUCCAUUCCAGAAACAGAAAAUACUAUGUCUGUUGAUUUUAACACUGCUGGGCUGUUAAAGGGAAAGUUAUACAAUGAAAAAACAAAAGACAGCACAAAGGCCCCAAAUUCUUCUACUUUUGAGUUCCUAUGAGCUGGAAUGUUUUGCCUAAUCACAUUAGAAACAUUAGUGAAAGAUGUAGUUCUCUCCUGUAAUUAGCAUUCUUGGAAAUUAAUUUAUAGGUAUGAUCACAUAAAUGACCUUUCUGUCUAUGGAUAAAAGAUGGAUAUUACUGAUACCAUUUCUGAUGACUACACAGUAGGGCCCCAAGGGAGUGAUGUCCAUGCUGCUUAUUUUCUCCAGAUCUAACAGGUAUUACAAGAACAAACUUCUAUUAGUAGGAAGAUAGAUCAGAUAAUUAAUUUUAACCUGUUUCAGUCCUGUGAUACUUCCCUUGGAAUAGAUCGGGUCACUGUUGCAACUCAAUGAGCAUUUCCUCACUCCUAGACAACACUGAGGGGGCACAUUCAGUAAGGAGGUGCUGGGUCCAUUUCUUAAAUGAUUGUGCACUUGCUAAUGUUAGUGUUAAAUUUGGGUUUAUA